UUGAAAACACAAAGUACUUCCUGUUUUGUGCUGGGUGCGGUUUUCUUGGCAGUUAGCUCGAGCGCAACUCCUGCUCCGUUCCCAGUGCAGACGUAACCCCGACUAUUAAAACAUCUGUCUGCUUUUCAUAAAGAUAUUUAGUCUCACUUUGUUUCCCCAGUGGAGUUUCUACAAGUGACUUACAACAUGGACAAAGACGCUGUGUUGACUCGCAUCCUGCAGUCAAAUGACACGUCAACACUUCUUGGAGGAGAGCUGCCUGUCAGUGUGAUGAAGAACAAUAAGUACAUCUCCCUGCUGACCGCUGAAGCCCAGGGGACGGACAGAAAUGUGGACGACAACUGGCCCUCUGUCGAUGGCGCCGUCCACACUGCCCUGUCUGAUGGAACCAGGACUGCGGUGCUGGUCGGCCCUGAAGGGUCGGGUAAAACCACUGCUCUGGAGAAGCUAGUUGUGGGCUGGGCCAAAGGGGAGCACCUUCAGAACUUCUUCUUUGUUUUCCACUUCCGGUUCAGGGAGUUGAAUUCCCUCAACGGGACGCUCUCCCUGGAGACAUUAAUGCUGCGCCACCACGGCUGUCUCCCUCCAGAGUCCGUGCCCCAACUCCUGCAGAAUCCAGAGGGUGUGUUGUUUGUUUUUGAUGAUCUGGAUCAGUGGAAACACAGCUUGGACCCCUCCGUCCUCCCCCUCUGCUCUGACCCCGGACAGGCGGUCCAUGUGUCCUGCUUAGUGUCCAGCUUGCUUCACGGAUCGCUGCUGAAAGGAGCCGCCUUCUUGGUGGCGUCCAGGCCGGUCGAGUGUCAGAAGUUUCUGAGUGGCGCCCGGGUGCAGGUGUUGGGGUUUCUGAAGCCACAGAGAGAAGCCUACUUCAAGGGGUUCUUCUUCGCUGACCCGGCUGCUGCCAACAAAGCAAGAGUACACAUGGAAAGCACUCUAGGCUUUUAUGAUGUCUGCACCUCCCCCAGAUUUUGUUGGACGGUUUGUUCCGUCUACAAGUCUCUGAUGGAUGCUGGAGCAAAGCUUCCUGAAACGCUGUCUCAGCUGUACGUGGACAUCCUGGUCCACCUGAUUCAGACGCUCCAGCUGAACGAGGCCCACAGCAGAGACCUGGUGUUGGCCCUCGGCAAGAUGGCGUCUCAUUGCCUCCUCGACCAGCGUUCGAGUUGCACCAAAGAGGAAAUGGAUUCUUUUGGUCUUCAACGGUUUCUCACCUCGGUUGGCAGCUUUCUGCGAGUAGAUGGCGACCGGUCGGACGGACGCGUCUUCUCCUUCCACUCCCAACUGAUGCAGGACUUCAUCUUGGCCACGGCUUUCCUUUUGGACACGUCGACGUCUGAGGGUGUGGAGAAGAUGUUGGAAAAGCACAAAGGCCAUGCAACGUUUCUAGAUGUCUUCUUGUCGGGGCUCUCGGGGCCACUUCAGCGCAGACCGCUGGAGACCCUGCUGGGAGAGAUGAACUCUGAUCGGAUCACCAACUUCAACCGCUGGUUCAAAAGCACCUCUGAGGUGACGCUGAAGGAAUGGUACAAGGACAAACACCACCACUGCUUCCAUCUGCUUCUUCAAGCUCAAAACGAGAGUUUGGUGAAAGAGAUCGUCACCCCCUCGGCACGGAUCGGCAUCAGCUACGGAGACCUGAACCUCCAGGACUGUGCGGCCCUGAACUAUGUCGCCACGUGCCUCGGUAAGAUGGAGCUGUUGAAUCUGUACCGAACGAGGAAUCUGACGGAGGAGCAAGCAGAGACGCUGGCUCCGACUAUGAGCUUGUCACACAAGAUAAACUUGACGGACAGCUCCUUGAGUACCGAUGCGGUCCCUCAUCUGGCCUCGGCUCUCAGCAGAGGACUCACCAAGGAGCUGGAUUUCUCUCAAUCCCACCUCGGAGAUGAGAAGUUCAAAAUUCUCUGCGCUGGACUCAGAAACUGCAAGCUGCACACAUUAAAACUCCGAGCAUGCAAACUGACCGAGGCGAUCUGUGGAGAUCUGGCGUCUGUCUUGACCUCAGGCGCCCCUCAGUUGUGUGUGUUAGACAUGCCGUUCAAUCAGAUCGGGGACCAGGGCUUCGUGAAACUUUGCAAAGCGCUUCAAAGUCCUCUCUGCAAACUCCAGGAGCUCCAGCUACAAAAGUGUGAGUUGACUGCUGCAUCCAUGGAGGCUUUCUCAGCGGCUUUGUGUUCGGGCCAAUCGGAGUUGAGAAAAGUGGACCUGACGCAAAACGUGAUCGGUGAGAGGGGAGUGAAGGCGUUGUGCGAAUCCCUGCAGCACCCGCUCUGCAAACUGCAGGGCCUCACUCUGUUUGACUGCGAGUUGACCGCAGAAUGCUGUCCUGGUUUGUCGGAGGCCUUGAUGUCGGAGCACUGCUUCCUGUCUGAACUGGACCUGUCAGUGAACGAGUUGUUCCAGGAGGGGGCGCUGCUGCUCUGCCAAGCCCUCCGUCGACCUGGAUGUCCAAUGGAGAAGCUCAGCUUGCAGCGAUGCGAGUUAACCCAGCCGGUGUUCGAGGAGCUGGGCUCGGUGCUGAGAGGUGGCUCUUCUCGACUGAAGUCCCUGAUCGUCGGUAUAAAUGAAGUGGGAGACCAGGGGGUCAAACACCUCUGGGAUGCUGUUGCACAUCCAAGCUGUCUGCUGGAGGAGCUGGAUGUCGAGAUGACUGGUUUGACGGAUGACUGCGUUCAGGACUUGUGUGCCGCUUUGAGAGCCAACAAGACUCUGAAGAGCCUGGAACUGAGAAACAACUUGCUGACGGACGACUCCGUCCCAGCCCUUGUCCACGCCAUGCAGGACAGCGACAACAUGCUGGAGAUGAACCUGAAGUACAACGACUUCAGUGAGGACGUCUUUGAGAUGAUGGACGAGUGUGACAAAAUCAGAUACUGAAGACUGAGGAUUCGUCUCAGACUGCUCACGUGCAGUUUAUUUUUUUAAAGUUGAAAUGAUUAACAGAAAAAAACAAUCACCAAAAGUUAUUUUAAAUCGUAUUUCAAGUAAAAAUGGCGCAUUCACCGAUUCCAGCUUCUCAAAUGAGAAGUUUGCUUUUGCUUUUCUUGACAAUAUGUCAAAGUAAUUGAAAUAUAUUUAAGUUUGGACUGUUUAUCUGACAAAAUAAGAAAUAUAAUAAGCUUACCUUCAAGAAAAUGCACUCUUUUUUCUUUAUUUAGAUCACACAGAUAUAAUAAGGAAGAUUAAAAUAGUUGUCAGUUGCACAUAUAUAACAAUAAUAAAAAUCCAUCACAUUCA